CCCCACCCAUUCAGACCUAAACAUGCACACAAGUUCAACGCUUCCUUUAUACACCAGCAGCAAGUUCUGUAGUGACACAAAUAGCCUAUUACUUUGAAAACAAAUUGUUUAUGGAGGAUAUUGUUAACAUAUAAGCAUUCGUUUAUUAUUGGAUUAUUAUUAGUUUUAAAAGUUUAAAUUAUUAGGAAACAACAUUGCCUCUUUUUGAAUAAAAUAAUUAAGCCAUCGAAGUUCAAGGGUCUGCGGGGGGAAAUUCUUACGAAGCUAUUCAGAGUUUAUUUUACGACAUGGCCACAAAAGAGUUCUACGAGCGAAUUCGUCGAUAUAAAGUCUUGCUCAUUGAGAAUUUAUGUGAACAAGCUGACUUCAUCGUCCAGCAUGCCCAGCAAGAUAAUAUUAUAACUCAGCGCGAGUACACGAAGCUCCAAGAUGUCGGUAAAAAUUCUAGAGAGAGGAUGGUCAUCGAAAUGCUCGAUCAAGUCAUGAGCAAGGGAGAGGACACGUGUCGCCAAUUUGUAGAGCUUUUAGGACGAGACAGUAUAAAGGAAACGUUCAAAUUUUUGAAGAAUCAUGACAUUGUUGCACUUUCAAGUGGAGAACAGGACAACUUAAAGCCCCCUGGACCCCCUAAUGGGCCCCGGACCCCUGCUUCAGACACCAGCCUGAAAUAUCCUGAUAAUGAGGACAAUUUAGCAGAGAUCAAGCAAUACAAGAUAACCCAAAGUCCACCUGGUACCUGUGUUAUUAUCAACAAUGUGCAUUUUCAAACGGAUGAAAGGAAGGGAUCAGAUGUGGACCAAAACUCUCUUGAAAAAGUUUUUAAAUGGCUGGGGUUUGAUGUGGUGGUGCAUAGAGACAAAACUGCAGCACAAAUGAAAGCUCUCCUGCAGGACCUAGGCAAGAAAGUGAAUGGCGACUGCUUCAUAUGCUGCAUCCUCAGCCACGGCAACAAGGACGGAAUCUCUGGAAUCGACAGCCGCACUGUUAAUGUUAAUGACAUACGUGAACCUUUUGAUGGCAUCAACUGCAAGAAUCUAGCUGGAAAGCCCAAACUCUUUUUUAUACAAGCCUGUCGUGGGAGUAAAGAAAACUGUGCUGUGAAAGUCCAAGCAGACGAUUCAGAAGGAGAGGAGUCGGACCUGGAGGAGGAGGAUUAUAUUUUUGAUGAUAUCCCGGCUGACUCGGAUUUCCUUAUUGCCAGAUCUACUAUUGAAGGUUAUGUUUCAAAAAGAACCCGAAAAAAUGGCUCCCAUUUUAUUCAGUCACUUUGUCGGCAGCUAGAGACGCAUUGUCCUCAGGGUACAGACAUCAAUACAAUACUCCUGCAUGUGAAUGAUGAGGUCAGCCAAAACGGGAAUGAAUUCAAACAAAUGCCGGUCUUCGAAGUUGCAUUGAGGAAGAAACUAAUUCUUCCUGUACCCAGUCCCCAGUGAAAUACUGAAAAGUCCUACAGGACAUGUGAUGUUUCUUAUGACAUCUGUAAAAGUAUUUUUAUCAAAUGAGGACCAAAUCAGAUAACAUGACAGGAAUAAUGUUAAUUUUUAUUUUAUAAUGGUGCUUAUAAGCUUACAUUUUCCAAAUAUCUUUGAGAAAUUACACAAACUGUAAAAAAGUUUGUUUGUUUUUUAUGAAUUUUUUAAUAAAAAAGACUCACAAUUGUU